AUGCAGAACCAGAAAUAACAACAGUGUUCUUUUAUUAAUAGCCCAAUUUUUGCUUAAUGGUUGAGUGGAGUAUCCUUUGUCAAUACGUGUUCUCUUCUCUGUCUUCUCAGUUCUAGGCUUUGACCACUUGGCAGCCACGCUUCAAUUGCCUUUUCCAGUAGGUUUCAUCAUCACUCGUUGGGAAAUUUGUGUUCUAUAUAAAUAAUAGUGGAGACCCUCUUGGCUGUUCACUUUUGUUUUGUCUUACUAUUUCUCUUCUUGUACUGGAGUGUUGAUCUGAGAGUGAAAAAUGAGUUAUUUGGGUUUGGGUGUGAGUCCUGGUACUGUUCCAGUGUACCAUGGAUCAAAUCUCAAAGCUUUGGAUAGGAAGGUGAGGAUAGCAGAGAUGGUGCUAAGGGGUGUGAGCCUUGGUCUAGGAGUUCUUGCCAUUGUUCUUGUGGUGACUGAUUCCCAAGUCAAAGAGUUUUUCUCCUUUCAGAAGAAAGCUAAAUUUACAGACAUGAAGGCUUUGGUGUUCUUGGUGAUUGCAAAUGGACUAACUGUUGGGUACUCCUUGAUCCAAGGAUUGCGCUGUGUUGUGAGUAUGGUUAGAGGACAUGUACUCUUCAGCAAACCCUUAGCUUGGCUCAUUUUCUCUGGUGAUCAGGUGAUGGCUUAUGUGACAGUGGCUGCAGUGGCGGCUGCAUUGCAAUCUGGCAUGAUUGGAAAGGCAGGGCAAGCAGAACUUCAGUGGAUGAAGGUGUGCAACAUGUAUGGCAAAUUCUGCAACCAAAUGGGAGAAGGGAUAGGAAGUUCUUUAGUGGUUAGCCUUAGUAUGGUGGUUCUGUCAUGUAUUUCUGCUUUUAGUCUCUUCCGUUUGUAUGGCAGCAACAAAAACAAACAUUCAGGUUGGUAGGUAUUAUUGGAAACUAACUACUACCUUGCUUUCUUCAACUUAUUGUCUGUCUUUCUUCCUCAAUGCUAUAUAGUAGCUUUUCUAAUUUGGAAGCCUCUUUGUUAUCGAUCAAACAAUAUGAUAGGGAACAUGUGAAUUUCGGCUGCCACUCAUUUAAUAAACUUGUGUACUUUACUUUUA